AAUAAAUCCAUCGAUAAGGAUUAGGCUUAGGAUUUGGGUUGUUUUUGUUCGAUUCCAAGAAUGUUGAAAGCAUCGUAGGACGGCUGGCUAUUUUAGGCCACUCGUGCCCCUCUUUCUCUCUCUCUCUCUCUCGCCAAUUUCCAUCCUCUAGAAAUCGGGACAGUGAUGUCUUUACCCAAUUUAUGUCCACCACCAGCACCAAGGUCUUCUUUUUCGUCUCCGACCAACGGAUGAUCAUGAUGUGAUAUACUCUUCAGUCUUCACCUUCAAUAAGCUUUUGAAUUUUCCAUCCUCUCUCCCCCUCUCUCUCCAAAGUCCAGACAACCCCCCCCUCCCACCCCCAUAAAGAUUUGAUUUUUAUUUUUUCCCCCUUAUUUUAGGACUUGAAUCGUAUCUUUGGAGUUGGGCUCUUCACUCCCGAUUCUUUUUAUUGUUCAUUUUAGAAAAAUUCAAAAUAUUCUUUCCAAGCCUUGUUAGGUAAGGAUUGAAAUCAUAAUACGGGUUCAUCUUGAAUUAUUUGAGUUGGGCUUCACUUCUCCAGAAUCUUGAAAUCAUUCAGAACUUUAUAUAUAUAUAUAUAUAUAGAUAGAUAGAUAGAUAGAUAGAUAGAGAGAGAGAGAGAGAGAGAGAGAGUGAGAGAGAGAUUCCCUUUUCGAGUCUGCAAAGAUGGAUUUGAAGAGUGGCGAGGAGGAGCGUUUUGACAGGUCUCGUGAUGCAGCAGAGGGGGCCUUGGGGCAGAGGGAAAAGGAUGCGGGUUGUGUUGGCAGCAAAGACGUGUUUUUCAGAGCAGAUAAGAUUGAUUUGAAGAGCUGGGAUGUUCAAUUGGAGAAACACUUGAGUCGGGUUUGGUCCAGGGAUAGGGAAGCCCAGACCAAGAAAGAAGAGUGGGAAAUUGAUGUUGCUAAAUUGGAUAUCAGGAAUGUUAUAGCUCAUGGCACAUACGGCACCGUAUACCGCGGUGCUUAUGAUGGCCAAGACGUUGCAGUGAAGGUAUUGGAUUGGGGGGAGGAUGGUAUUGCCACAGCUGCUGAAACCGCUAAUCUUCGGGCCUCGUUUCAGCAAGAGGUGGCUGUUUGGCAUAAGCUUGACCAUCCAAAUGUUACCAAGUUUAUUGGAGCUUCUAUGGGAGUAUCAAAUCUUAGGAUCCCUUCCAACGACACUUCAAGUGAUGUGCAUAAUUCAUUUCCCUUAAGAGCUUGUUGUGUUGUUGUCGAGUACCUUCCAGGUGGAACACUAAAGAAAUACUUGAUCAGGAAUUGUAGAAAGAAACUUGCCUUUAAGGUUGUGAUUCAACUGGCGUUAGACCUUUCUAGAGGAUUGAGCUAUCUCCAUUUGAAGAAGAUUGUACAUCGUGAUGUUAAAACAGAAAAUAUGUUACUAGAUAUUCAUAGAAAUCUGAAAAUUGCUGACUUUGGCGUUGCACGAGUUGAAGCUCAGAAUCCCAGAGAUAUGACUGGGGAAACCGGUACCCUGGGGUACAUGGCUCCAGAGGUCCUCGAUGGCAAGCCAUACAAUAGGAAAUGCGAUGUCUACAGUUUUGGAAUAUGCUUGUGGGAAAUCUAUUGCUGUGACAUGCCUUACCCCGAUCUUAGCUUUGCUGAUGUGUCUUCUGCAGUCGUUCGACAGAAUCUGCGACCCGAUAUCCCGAAAUGUUGCCCUAGUUCCCUGGCAAGCAUCAUGAGGAAAUGCUGGGAUGCAAACCCAGAAAAACGACCAGAAAUGGAUGAAGUUGUCAGAUUGUUGGAAGCCGUAGACACAAGCAAAGGAGGCGGCAUGAUACCUGAUGGCCAGUCUCAUGGCUGCUUCUGUUUCAGCAAGCCUCGGGGUCCAUGAUUAUUCUUACCCAUUUCUUUCUUCUCUUUUUUCGGGUUUCUAGCCAUAUUUAGUUCUUUAGAAGUAUAUCUAUCUGUUUCUGUUAGUAGCCAUUAAUGUUAUCAAGCAGUUGUUCACCAAUGAACUGCUCUUCCCAUAUCAAUUUAUGUACAAUGUACUUACUCAAUAGGGUUAUGAAGGGCUACAAUUUUAUCACU